AGUUGAUAUGGUGAAUUUGGGCUAUAUAGAUACAGGUCCUUCAAGCCUAAAGACGGGACAAUUUGCAAUAGCCAUAAGACAUAGGUGGAGAACUAGGCCAUUCGGCCCAUUGAGGCUGUUCUCCCAUUUCAUCAUGGCUAAAUAAGGGGCCCUAUACUACAAACGUACUUUGGUGGGGGGGGGGGAAGCUGAAGCACCUGAAGAAAUCCCCCACAUUCCAUGGGGAGGACAUUGGAAUUGAAGUCCAAACCGCCCCCCCGCCCCCAGCUGUAAUAGGGUCGCGCUAACCGCUGUGCACCAUGGUGUCAUGUAUUAUGCACCAACACGAAUGUACAGGGAGACUUAUCCUUUAGCAAACCAGUUAUCAGUGGUGUUCUAGGGCCCUUCCCUUUCUCCUCAGACAAGACCUCUGAUGCCACAGUCUACCAUUGACAAAGCCUGGAUGGAGCUGGCUAUUUGCUGUCAACAGCCAAAGCCUGACAGAUCAGAGACCAUUCAGGAGGAAGUUUUUAAGCAGGAUAUCCAAGGAGCAAGGUUUGCAAACAGGAAUCUCAGACAUUAUAACACAUUGGGUCUGAAGCCUCUCACGGUUCACCAGCACCCGAAUCACGCCGUCCUGCGAAUGUGGAAGGAGGGACGUUUCUGGGCGUCGAGACUUCAAAUCUCAGGCAGUGAGAUGCCCGUGAAGGGCACUGACCGUGUCCCAGCUGGGGAGACGUGGCACCGACUAACCUGGGGAAGGAGAGAGCGAGGAUUUUCUUGAACUGGUUUGCAGAGAAACUGUGUAAAUUUUCUUCAGCAUCUGGAAGGACUGGGCAGUGCUUACGUCAGUGCAGGUUGGGAAGGAAUCUCCCAUUGGAAAUGGGGUGCAAAAUGACCCCACCUGAUGUGUGGCUGAACAAGCUCACGUCAUCCUGCUCUCUGCACCAGUGAAGGUGUCUCAUCGGGGGAUAUUUCCAUGUGAUCCACUGCCCCGAUAACAUUCUAACAGUUACCUAUUGGAGCAAAGUCAUUCACUCGGUCAUCGUUUACCACUGACAGAACCGUGGGUGUGUGUCCCUGCCCCAGCUUCACUCAGACAUCAGAUCAGGAUGGAGAGCUCUGGAGAGAGAUCGUUCUCCUGGUCCGAGUGUGGGGAAGGGUUCACUCGGUCCUCCCAUUUGCAGCUGCACCAGGUCGUUCACGCUGGGGAGAGGCCGUUCACCUGCUCUGUCUGUGGGAGGGCAUUCACAAACUCCUUUAACCUGCAGAGGCACCAGCGGAUCCACACCGGAGAGAGGCCGUUCGUCUGCACCGAGUGCGGGAAGGGCUUCACCCGCUCAACUCACCUGCUGCGGCACCGGCAGGUUCACACCGGGGAGAAGAUGUUCAUCUGCUCUGAAUGCGGGAAGGGAUUCAUCCGGUCUUCCAGCCUGCUGAUACACCAGAGGAGUCACACGGAGGAGAGGCCCUACACCUGUUCCGAGUGCGGGAGGGGAUUCACUCAGUCCUUUACCCUUCUGAGACACCAGCGGAUCCACACCGGGGAGAAACUGUUCAGCUGCCCUGAGUGUGGGAAGGGAUUUACUCGGUCAGCUUACUUGGCGAUCCACAAGCGUAUUCACACUGGCGAGAGACCGUUCAUGUGUCCUGAAUGUGGGAAGGGGUUCACCCAGUCGUCCCACCUGGUGACGCACAAGCGUAUUCACACCAGGGAUGGGCUGUUCACCUGCUCUGUGUGCGGGAAGGGAUUCAUUCAGUCGUCCAACCUGCUGAGGCACCAGCGAGUUCACAAUGAGGAGAGGCCGUUCAUCUGCUCGGAGUGUGGGAAGGGGUUCACUCAGUCAUCUGGACUUCAGAGACACCAACAAAUUCACUCUGGCGAGAGGUCGUACAACUGCUCUGAGUGUGGAAAGAGCUUCUGUCGAUCAUCUGACCUGCUGAUGCAUCAGGGGAUUCACACUGGGGAGAGACCAUACAUCUGUACCGUGUGCGGAAAGGGAUUCGCUUGGUCGUCCCACCUCUUGAGACACCAACGAUCUCACACUGAAGAGAAAGUUUAAAUGUGUGGUAAGUAUGUGGGACAUUUAAACACGGCCGCCGCUGAGAGAGCGGUGAGUUCACAGGUGACUGCAGGAACUGAUUCUGCAGUUGCUGCUGCUGUUGAUCACAUCCAGGUUUGGACCCUGGUUACUGGGCGCAUUUGGGUUGUUUCCCCUGGAACUGCAGGUACCAACACAGACAAGAUGCUGCAGGUAUUCGGCAGUUGGGCAGCAUCUGCCUGACCAAUUCCCUGCCAACACCCUCCUGCAUCUGGCAGAACUGGUCCUCAUCUUGAACAACGUGUUCCUUCAGAUCCUCCCACUUUCUCCAGACUCAAGGGGUCGCCAUGGGUACUCGCAUGGGCCCCAGCUUUGCCUGCCUCUUCAUUGGCAACAGAGAACGGUCCAUGUUCGAAGGCUUGCCAGUAAUACUGCCCAACUCUUCCUCCGCUACAUUGAUGGCUGCAUUGAUCUUGCUUCCUGCACCCGUGCUGAGCUCGUCAAUUUCAUCAACUUUGCCGCUAACUUCCACCCUGCCCUUAAAUUCACUUGGUCCAUUUCUGACAACACCAUCCCAACAUCUUUUAUAAACCUACUGAUUCCCACAGUUAUCUUGACCAACCUUUUCCCACCCUAUCUCCUGCAAAAAUGCUAUUUUCCUUUUCCCUGUUGCUUCGCCUCAGUCACGUCUGUUCCCAGGACACGGUUCUGUUCCAGGAUAUCAGAGAUGUAGUUCCUUAAAGAGUGAGGUUUCCCUUCCUCCACCCUUAAUGCUGCCUUCACCCCAUUUCCUCCAUUUCCCAAAGAUCGACGCUCGCCCCAUCUUCCCGCUGCUUUAACAGAAAUAGAGUUCCUCGUCUUUACCUGCCACCACAUCCAACGUGUUAUCCUCCGCAACUUCCGCCAUCUACAAAGGGGUCCUACCACUCAUCCCCUCUCCACUUUCUGCAGCGAUUGCUGCCUCUGCAAUUCUGUAAGACGAUAAGAUAUAGGAGCAGAAUUAGGCUAUUUGGCCCAUUGGGUCUCCUUCAGCCUUGCCCAGUCAUCCUCCCCCACUAAUCUCCCUCCCGGCACUUGUGUCUGCAAGUGGCCCAGAUGCUACACCUGCCCACUCACCUCCACUCAGGGCUCGAACAGCCCUUCUGGGUGAGACAUCAGUUCAGCUGUGAAUCUGGGUUGCCUCCUGUGUCCGGUGCUCCCGAUGCAGCCUCCUCUACACUGGUGAGACCCAACGUGAAUCAGAGGAUCAUUUCGUCGAGCACCUCCGCUCCAUCCGCCACAAGUUGGCCAAACGUUUCAAUUCUGAUUUCCAUUCAUGUUCCGACGUGUCGGUCCAUGACUUCCUUGUGUGCCAAGAUGAUGCUCAGGGUAGAGGACCAACACCUUGUACUCCAUCUGGGUAGCCUCCAACCUGAUGGCAUGAACAUCGACUUCUCUAACUUCCGCUAAUGCCCGACCUCCUCCUCGUACCCCAUCCGUUAUUUAUAUACACACUCUCCUUUUUCUCAGUCUGUCCCUCUCACUAUACCCCUUGCCCAUCCUCUGGGUUCCCCUCCCCCUUUCUUUCUCCCUAGGCCUCCUGUCCCAUGAUCCUCUCAUAUCCCUUUUGCCUAUCACCUGUCCAGCUCUUGGCUCCAUCCCUCCCCCUCCUGUCUUCUCCUAUCAUUUUGGAUCUCCCCCUUCCCCUCCCACUUUCAAAUCUCUUACUAACUCUUCCUUCAGUUAGUCCUGACGAAGGGUCUCAGCCUGAAACAUCGACUGUACCUCUCCCCAGAGAUGCUGCCUUGCCUGCUGCGUACACCAGCAACUUUGAUGUGUGUGGCAUGAACAUUGAUUUCACUUUCUGGUAAACAAAUUCCCUCUCCCCCCCCCCCCAAACCAUUGUCCUCUAUUCCCCACUCUGACCUUUUACCUCUUCUCACCUGCCUAUCACCUCCCUGUGGUUCCCCUCCUUCAAUCCGAUCAGAUUCUCUCUCCAGCCUUUAACCUUCACCUAUCACCUUCCAGCCAGCGUACUUCCUCUCCCCCCUUCCUUUGCAGUCCUGAAGAAGGGUCUCGGUGUGAAAUGUCAACUAUCCAUUCAUCUGUCUUCUGCAUCAAUUAUAAAUAGAUCUAGUGUGAAUGAACUGGGCUUGAGGAGGAUGUGGAGAGACUUUGAGGGGAUGCGGACAAGCUGAAGGGACAGGCAAGAACACGGCAGAUGGAGUCAAAUGUGGGGAAAUGGGAGAUCAUUGACUUUGGUUCCUGGCCUGUUCAUAUAUCUGUGCAAAAACCUUUAAAACAAUGCUAUCACCUCUGUUUCCCAUACCUGCCCUGAGUGUGCAACCCGAGCACAUACCACAGUCUGUGUGUAAAUUAAAUCUUACUUUAUAAUUCUCUUUGAAUCAUUCUGCCUCUCACCUUAAACCUUUGGCUUCUACUGUUGGACAUUUUCAAUCUGGGAAGAACAAUCACUCUGACUAGUUGUCUAUGCCCCUCAUAAUUUUAGAUACUUUCUAAAGUUAAGAGAGGCACAAUUUUACCAGGUAUUUAAAGAUAAUUCCAUUCAAAUCCCCUUUAAAACUCCCUUUCACGUUAAGCCUGUCCCCUCUUACUUUUGAUACCCCUACCAUGGGUAAAAGAUUCUGACUGCAUUCACUGUCUGUGCCUCUUAUACUAUUAAAUACCUCUAUCAGUCACCCCUCAGCCUCACUCUGUUGGGAAAUCAACCCCACACUUUCCAACCCCUCCCCAUAACUCGUGCUCUCCACCAGGUACUGUCCAGGUUGAGGCUGCCAGUAAGAUGCCAAGUAUCCCAUCAGCCUCUGGGAGGGACACCCUGCUGACUCAGAAGAGAUGCUGGGAACCAGAAACCAAGAGGCACGGUGAGGGGAGGUCACAUGAUUGACACUUGAUCUGUAUCAAGCUGAGACAAAUUUACAGUCCUGCCAACUUUCCCACUAUUCCAGAGAAGAGGACAGGCGAUAAGGAUGUUUUGGAACUGACAGCUUGUGGAAAGGAGCUAGCUAAAGAGAUAAUUGUAGGAUGGUGUUGCAGUUAAAGAAAGGAUUGGAUUGAACACACAGCUGAAUAAUUGGUAAUACAAAGUCUGGAAGGUAUGUGGGGAAGGAGGGAUUGUUGACUCAGGCCUAAGAGGCGAGCAUCGGGGCACUUUCAUGCCCUAAGACGCAGAACGAAACACUGUGUGGCGUGCCACUCCUCACAGAGCAAUGUGUGGUUAAGUGCCUUGCUCAAGGACACAAUAUGCCUCAGCUGAGGUUCGAACUGGCGACCUUCAGAUCACUAGACGAACACCUUAACCACUUGGCCAUGUGCCCACACGGUAUGUGGAGAUAUAUAAAAGGUGCUUUACGAUGUAGCCAGCACCCUUGCCUCUGGAGACCAACCUGUAUUUAAAUACAAGUUCUGUGUUUCAGAAAUUGGGGAAAAUAAACUGAAGAUCUAAUUGUUUGAAACAAUGUGUGAAUCUUUGAGAUAUCUGAUUGUCACGUACCCCGUGACGGGGAUAAAGAAACCAGCAGAGAUGGAAAACACUUUGGAGUCCAGUAUUGCUAUAAACUAAUAAUAUUUAUUAGUAACUACGCAAUACAGUAAUAUAAAUGUAAAUAAAUCAAACAGGUUAACAAUGAUUAUAUAUAAAAGUAAGUGUGGAAUAUAUAUGUAUGAAAAAACCAAGCUUCUUUAAGUCUAGGGGUAAAAAGAUACAGUCUUACGAUGUUGAAUAAAGUUCAGUUCAGUUCAGUUCGUGGUAUUUAGUUGAGUAGUGAUGGAGAGAGAGAGAGAGAGUGAGUUGAGUCUUCAGGUGAGCUGAUACCGUCGAUCUUCUCGUCGUCCUCCGAGAUCCUUCACAAGUCACCGACUGUGACUUUAAUCAGGGGGACCGGUCUUCUGUGGUGGAGCUAUCACCCAGGCGAGGGUGGACACAUAAACAACUCCCCACCAGUCAGCCCCUUCUCCUUCAAACUGAAAUAGCAAUUUGGAUCAAUCCGCCUGAUUGAUCCUCCAAAACCCACUUUCUCUGCGGGCACAACAAUGCUCAUUCAGUGUCCAGAUCAUGUGUCCUGAGGUCUGUAUCAUCUGACCUCCCAGUUAUUUCACCAGGCUGAGCAUCACCUGUCAGUCAAAGAGUCCCUUCUUCCUUUGUAAAGAAAUGCGAGCAGGCAACAAGUCCUUGGAAGUAACAUCAAUAAUGUCCUGUUGGUCACCAUAGCAACCUUCGAGCGGCUCAGUUUUUAUCUCCAAAGUUAACUCCCGUGUCAGUCCAACUGUCAAUCUUGGUCUCUCUCUCCUUUCCAAACAACCAUCAACAAUAAAUGUCUCUCUCUCUUCAAACAGUUAAUAGGGGCACUCCUGGAUCCCCUCGCACUGAUCAAUAAAGGAGUGUGGUUGUUGGGUAAAGUCACUGUCUGGUGUGAUCUAUCGGGUGCUGUAGUUAAUUGGUGUCCCUGGGUGGGCCAAUGAGGUGAUUUGGAGCUGAACUGCCUGUGCACAUUAUCUGUAUUUGUACCAAAGACUGGGUCAGUUACAGCACGGUUACUCACCCAGUGGUCCUGUUACACCCACUGGCUCGGAAUCAUCUCAUCACACUCGAGUCACAAACAUCUGACAGUGAAUGAAGCCCAGCGAUUGUGAUGGAUCGUCCCGUGAGACCAGUUCAAUAAAAACCGGCGUGAGGAUUCGGGUAUGGGUUCGGGAUGUGCUCAGUUCCCUCAGGGCAAAAGAGCAACAGGAUCGAGUGAAUCAUGCACAGUCUGGUGUGCGUUACAGGGAUUGGAAGCUGCAGAGGAGGAGAUCAGGGACUGAACUGACAACUGGAGAGAUGUUGGAAAGAAAUGUUAAAACAAUAUUCCAGUACCCAAGUAAAUGUUACUCCUGAUCCGAUGCAGCACAAAAUAGAACAUAGUAAGGUAAAGGACACUA